AUGGGGUGCCGAAUAGGCGAAGCUGCAAACCCAGGGCCUGACUUUGACCUGAACCUGCAGAUGGGAGGGCUCGGUGAUCUUCUCGGGCCCUCUUUCAUCGAGUCUCUCAAGAAGCAGCUUCAGGCUGCGAUUCAAAAUGCGAUCAAGCAAGCGUUGGCUGGAUUCAGCCUUGACAUUACGGGCGCUCAGUCCUCUCAGGGCGACCCGAAAGGGCAGGCCGACACUUCCAAGGAAGAGUCGCAGCGCGCCAAGAGAAGGCGCAAGGGCAAAGGUGAUGCAGUUGAUGCUACCAAAGACCCGCCCCAACCUGAGACCGCUCCCCCAGGCCCUCCCAAGGGUGGUUCUGGACGCGGAGUGCAGCCUGAAGGCAAAGGCAAAGGGAAGAGCAAGGGAAAGGAUCCUGUGAAGCCCGACCCUUUACUUCAACGUGCGCCUCGCAAAGCUGAUGGCUGCGACCAAGGCAGCUGGCAGCAGGUGAGCCGGAAACCGCCCCAGGAGGUCUGGGCUCUUCGUGCUGAAGAUUGGGACUCUCCGGUCAUCGAGUAUAACGACGUCGCUGACAACCUCGACAAGACCACAGGUGUGUUCAAGGCCAUUGUUUUGUGCACCGAGGAGCAGGUCGCUGCUUUGUCUACGCUACUUCAAGGAUCUGGCAAGGUCCACGGCAUCACGGCUGUGGUGAUCACCAACAAUGUGGCAGACGAGCGCUGCCCUGGAGCCUGUGGCCAUAAGCUCGUGUUCAAGCGGGUCCGGUACACCCACGUUCAGUCCCCUGGUCAGACCAGGCCGAUGCCAAAGGUUUUGGGCGCCAAGCUGGCCAAGGUAGCCCCCGAGCCUACGGUGGUCCUAUACGCCAGGUUCUACAAGCACUUUGUGACACCUGCAGCCUGGGAUUCCAUUCUCAAGACGCCCCAGAUUGCCUUCCACAUGUGGACUGCAAAGCGGCAUCUUCAAGUCCAUGAGUCCUGGGGCUGGGGCAAGGAGAAGCAUGGCUCCACCUCUGAGUUCAACAAGGUCUUUGGUAUGGUCCGCGUAUCCACCAAGAACGCGGAAGCCCUGCUGAGCCAGUCUGGCGUGGAGGGCUGUUUCCUGGAUGUGCCUCGUUGGACGCAGAUCGCUGCGCAGACCACCGAAUGGAUCGAGAAGUCGCCGAAGGAGUCCUACGCCGACUACCUAGCCCGUGCUUUGACUCUUGGCUCGAAGUUUGGCCUCACCUAUGGCAUGCGCAGCUUGGGGAAGCGAGCCUGGACUGCCGAGCAGGCCCGCCUGGUUGUCUCUAAAGAGUUCGAAGGGGUCGAGAUGCUUCGGCAGCACCGCACCAAGAAGGGCACCGACUUCGUGUUCAGGGGGUCCCACACUACCGAGCAUGACAUCAUUGCCAUCCCAGUGGAGGUGGAGCAGCAGGCAAUCAAAACGCGGAGCUCGUGGUCUUUGGCCCCGCCGCGUGACCCUUUCGCGACCACUGAGCAGGUCGUUCAGCCACCCCCGCAGCAGGAUGCCUCCAUGGAACCUUCUUCUGGUCAGGCUGCUGGGACUGAAGGCACCGAGACAAAGCAGGCCCCGCCUGCUAAUGGCAAAGGCACCAAGCGGCCCGAGGGCAACGAUGCCAGUUCCAACGGCAAACGUGCCUGCGCUGCCCAGAGGGCUCUUCCGCCGGAGCUUGUGCUUAAACAGGCUGACCCUGACGGCAACUGCCUCUUCGCCUCGCUCUCUGAGGGCCUCGCACACACCACCGACGAGAAGGCCAUCAACCCCAAGCAGCUCCGUGCGGAGAUUGUGCAGCACCUCACUAAGAACCGCGAACGUUACGAGCCAGGCUGGGACCACGAGCUUCCGGAUGGCACUGCCAACCACGACUUCAACAACUACCUUCAGGCGAUCGCGCAGGACAAGACGUGGGGCGGACUGUUGGAGAUCCAGGCCUUUGCUCGCCGCUACGACACGAGGGUUAUCAUCUACCCCCGGGCACCCACGGAGCCGGUCUGCGUUGUCCAUGCAAAGGCCAAGUCCAAGGUGGUUGUGCUCGUCUUCAACGGCUCCCAUUUCGACUACCUCCUCCCGGCCUCUGGGCGCCGCUUCCCGAAGAACCUCAUGGACGUCAAGGAGGGCCCUCCGCGCGUGCCUAUGCGAGGGGGAGGGCUUUCGCGGGCAAAGUCUGUGGCCACGCGCCAGACAGUGUGGUCUGACAAUCGGGCCUCUAGCAAGUCAGUUUGCUCGCGCGAUGGACCUCGAUCUGCUGCUCCUCGCCUGGCCUCCCGGCGGACAGCCUGGACUUCACAAAAGGCGUCUAGCAUGGCUAGCGAUGUCAGCCAGGACCUUGAGGGCUGCAGUCUCAACACGCAACGAACCUUGAGCAAAUGCGCAUACCGGCAUAUUGCCCCGGUCCCUGCCAACCUUCUGUUCGCGUGUACCUUGUGUCCUUUGAAACAGCAGACGAAAAGCAUUGGGGCCUACCGAAAUUUUCGGACCAAGCACUACACCAAAUUCCACGACGGCCAGCACCUCCCGGGCAAGUUCUACAGGCCGGUGGUGCGGCAUCUUCUGCCGGAUGAGGAGGUCUUUUGGAGAUGCCCCUUGUGCCCCAUGGGUAUCUCAGUGGCCGUGCGGAAACAGAUCUUGCGUGGCACUUUUGCGGCAAUGCGGCGUGCGCACCGGGACACACAUCACUCAAAGGUGACCCGGGCCAAAUGGAAGAAGCUCAUGGCUUUGCCCCAGCAAGGCCCCAAGAACCUUCCAAAUCACAUUGAGGACUGCCGGCGCCGCAUGCUGGCCAAGACUGUGAUGAAGGAGGUCCAAAAACCACGCUACCCGGGCCUCAGCAUGUUCGUUUUCCCGCGGGCAAAGUUUGCUCAAGGCACCAAGACCAUCCUCAAGGUCUCCUGCGAGCACGCUUGGAAAUGUCAGAAGUGCCAGGCCGUGGUCAGGUCGACCCCGUUCGUUAAGCGCCACUCCAAGGGGCCUUGCCCGGAGACGCGGCCGGCCUUUGCACAGCGGCAGAUUCAACGACUUCGUGACAUUCGACAGUGGUUGCAGACGCAGAAGAAGUACACGGACGAGAAGGCUCGGCUGCUCCAGGAGAUCGAUGUGAACUAUCUCUCUGCUCCCGGCUUUGUGGAGGCUUGGCGGCACGAGGGCUACAGUGCGCUCCUGAGCGCUGGCGAUGUGAACAAGGGCUCACAUAGGGUGGCUUUGGUUUCGAAAGUGCCCCUUCGACAGGUCAAUCUGGGUUUGGCUAGGGCGCAGCCGCGCCAUGUAGCUGGGCUGGUGGAGCUGUGCAGCAGCUCCCGCAAGCAUCACCUCUUAGUGAUUGCGGCCUACGGCUUUCCUGGCGACCUGGAGGCCACCUCUGAAAUGCUGCGCGAACUGGUGGAGGCUGCGCGGGCCUUUGGUGGCUCCUUUGUGAUCUUCGGUGACUUCAACGCUACUGCAGACGAGGGCUACAUCGUCGAAGCUACUGCGAGUGGAGUGGUGAAAGUGCUGGACGCCGACUUCGAGGAGGCCCUCCCCUUCACCAACCCCUACCGCGCGGACCUGAACACCGGAGAAAAGCGACGCACCCGCCGCAUCGACUAUGCCAUCGCGGACCGCAGUACUCUGGCCAGCAGGGUGGAGCACUUUGAGCGUCCGGACCUUUCGGACCACCUCUGUGUGGGCUAUGACCUCGAGGUGGAGUGCCGCCGUUCUGACUACGUGCUCCCGAAGUUCCACGAGCUCUCACUGCAAGAUGAGGCGGCCAUUGGACUCAACUUCGACGCCGUCUGGGACGAAGAGCUGUUCUCCACCUACCUCGACGCGGCUCAGCUGGACGAGGCCUGGACGCAGCUCUCGGAUGUGGCCGAGUGCUCUCUGGGUGCCGACUUCUUCGGCUGGGCGGACAGAAGCAGACGUAGCUCCUUUUGGGAACCUGUGCGACCUCGACGAGCUGCGCACCGAUGCGGAGAGCAUGGGCACGAGUCUCGUGCAACGCAACUUCUUCGUGGCCUCCUUGGGCGACUGUCUCAGCUUCGCCAACAGCCUCACGAUGAACACCUUCAACGUGCUAUUCGACGAGGUUGUGGUCAGCUGCGGCGCGUGGUCCCGGGCUUCCCCUACAUCGACCUCUGCUACAUCGACGCCUCCAUCGACGCCGUCUCCGAGCUCUACAACGUCUACUCGGAGCAGGAGCGCAACGCAAGGCUGGAAAGAUGGCGCGUGGACACGCAACAGCAGUGGGCCAAGGCCCACACCUGGGUCAAGCGCAAGGCUGAGGAGGCGUUGAAGCUCCAGGGGCCCACUGUGAGCCCUGAUGCGAUCCCCACCUGCGUGCAUCCUGCUUCCAUGGUGGCUGAACAUGCAGAGUUGUGGCACAAAAAGUGGACCUCAUCUAGCACUUCGAAUGACGCCAGUGCUGUGCGCGGCAUACUGGCCUCCUUGCAGCAGUUUCCCCUCUCAGACCUGAAGUUCGACCUCAGCCCUGAGGACCUCAUCAGAGCUACAAAGAAGAUGAAGGGGAAGAGCCCUGGAGCAGACCAAUGGACGCCUGAGCAGCUCCUCGCCCUCCCAAAGGCGUGGUGGGCUGCUGUGGCGCGCUUGUGGUGCCGGGUUGUUGCCUGCUCCUACGUUCCUGUGGCUUGGCGCAGAGCAGUCGUUGCGCUGCUUCCCAAGCGUGGCGAGGCCACUCGGCCAAUCGCCUUAUGCUCUGUGAUCUGGAGGGCCGGGGCGAGGUGCAUGAAUGCGCAACUUCGGGGUUGGGUCGACACUUGGCUCAACCACCUGGCACUUGGAGCGGCCCCUCAGCGGGGAGUUCAGGACGGCCAUGCACGAAUCCUGCAAGCUUGGCACAUGGGAUGCCGCCGCUACGUGAAGCAGGAUUUGUCUGCCUACUUCGACAGCUUGAACAUCGAGGCGGUGGAGCUGGUCCUGGCACGACUUGGGGCUCCUCAGUGGCUGGCGGGGCUCCUGCGGUCCUUCUACACUGAGCCCCAACGCCUCUUCAAGGCUGGGGGCUGCUUUGACGCUCGCUGGCGCACUACCACCGCCGGUUUCUUGCAGGGGUGCCCGUUGUCUCCGGUCAUCGCAUUGGCGGUGGGGGCCACAUGGGCCGAGUACUGCAGGUGCUCAGACGUGGACUUGAUGAUCUUCGUCGACGACAGGGCUCUUUGGCCUCUGCCUCAUGCUGCUUGCCCAGCUACAGCUCUCCGGGCUGCCUUGCAAAGGAGCGACCGCUUUGACGAGGCCUUCAAGUUUGUCUGCAAGCCCACGAAGUGUGCAAUCGUGGUGCUCGACUCUGACUCUUCUCUGAACGAGCUCAUUGCUGAACGGGGUUACUCCAGAGAAAGCUCUCUGGAGCUUCUUGGCAUCGAGCUGAAGCUCAGCGACGGGGCCACCUCGUUGUUAAAGCUGUCGUUGCAGACUCUUUUGCUGCGACUUCGAUACCUACGACUUCUGCGACCUCGGAUGGAGUACCGACGCCGCAUCCUCACCAGCCUGAUUCACUCAGCUUUGUUUUGGGCGGCUGGGGUGGCUAGGCCUAGCGCGCGUGAAACACAACAGCUUCAGGCAGAGAUCACUGCGACUCUUAAGGACUGCAUCACCGAGGAGACGCCCCAGGUGCUCGUCUACGCGGUCUUUGGCUGGCAGUUCUCAGUGGAGUGGUACGGCGACUGGGCCGCGCUGAAGACGGCCUGGAGGUUUCAAACCCGCCCUCCUGCAUGGCUCGACACCGUCAGCUUGCAGGACACCUUUGUACCGUGGAUUCGCGUGGCGCCAGCUGCUCUGGCUGUUUUGGACCGGAUGGGAUGGAGUGCCUCGGCCAACGGCAAGGUGCUGCAGCGCACCGAUGCCCGAGGGGACACACGGCGCUUCUUCUUUGGCUACGACAACCUCGGCGUCCUCAAGCACUGGCUUAAGGAGGAGCACCAACGGCGAGGCGUGCACCGAUGCGGGCGAGUUAAGCGGUCGCUUCAUCGCGCCGAACCCGAGUGUGCGCGCGGUCUCGCACUACCUGGUCCCCCUCACGGUCAACACCACGCCCUUGCUGGACACCGUCUUCUUGGUCGACAAGGCCCUGUGGAGCUGCGGCGCGCGGCCAUGGCAACUGGAGGUAGUGCGUGGCACACUGCUGCGAAACUUCGCCGUCCUCGGGACGUGCCAGUUCAGUGCCUGUGCGGGGGCUUAUGGCCCAGCCGGGCCCACCUCGCGUGGGCGUGCGAGAAAACUGCGGUCUGCAGACAUGAGGUGCCUUUGCCCCGUGAACGCGCUCAGGAGCGGCUUUUCGCUGCCCAGAUCGAGGCGUACCCGCCGGCGCCGCCAGCAGUGGACUUGGAGGGAUUCGAGCAGGACGUCGCUGACCACCUCGAGGCCUUCUUCAAGGACGACGCGGAGCUGUUCCUCGCAAGCGACGGCAGCGCCAAGGAGGGAGUUGGAGCCUUCGCCAUCGUUACCGCCGAGGCCUCUUUCGGUACGGGUGAUGCUUCGGAGGACCAAUCUGCGUUCAGAAACGAGGCCCUGGCACUGCUCUACAUCACACGUGCUCUACAACGACUGCCUGGAGAUCGACGAGGACGUGUUCAUGUGCUUUGCGACUGCCAAGCUGCACUGCAAGGAGUGGCUCGGCCGGGCAUGUCUGCUCUUCCUUGCAUCUUCGAGGAGAUUGCGACCAAUCUGCGGAACUUGCAAAGUCGGGGCAUUGCUGUCAGCCUCACUUGGGUGCCUGCGCAUGGCAGAAAGAGGCACUGGAGGCCACCUGAUGGAAUCAGUGCUGAGUUGUGCCGGGACCUCAACGACAAGGCCGAUGCUGCGGCCAACUGUGCACGUGAGAACAGAGCUGCCCACUCCAGACGGGCACUUUGGCACCAGGCCUUUGAAGAGGCCACUGCUUGGGAAACGCAGGCGAUCCAGGCUGCUGCGGCUGCUGGGCUGCUUCUGGCUGCUGCUGUGGAGAGGCAGCCUGCUCUCAGUGAUGGCGAGGAGCUCGGGGACUUGGAUCUGUCAGAGGUGGACGGGGAUUCCAGCAUCAACGAGAGUGCCCUUCAAGAGGCUUGGCAGCUGGAGGAUGAGCUUCGAGAGGCCAAGGAAGAACUGAGGCAGCUCGGCCUCCGAUGCCAUCAGGCUGGCAUGGCGGGUCUGGAGCGAAAGCCUUUUCCAGCAUCGGCGUCUCCAGCUUUCCGGCCCGAAGUUCCGCAGGAGCCGUUUAACCUCGAACCUCCGCCAAUUGCGAGGAAGCAGCACGACUCCCUGCUAGAGGCUGCGCAGUCCUUGGUGUCCAACACGGGCAAUGCCGAUUGCACGGAGCUGUCCGAGCGUCUGGUGGCAGAAAACCUUCGCCUGGAGUCUGAGAUGCAAGAGCUCCAACACUUCAUCGAGGCCCAGCCGCUGAAUUCUGGCGGCCACUGGGACCCAUGGCAGCCCCUGGCCGGUGCCAUGCACGAGUCGCAUGGCAAGCUGCGAAGCUCCAUGCAGCAGCAGCUGCAAAGCUCGCAGGAGGCCCUUCAACUGCUGCGCCAGGCGCUGCAUCAUCUCGGGGACAUCGCAGACGUGGCAUGUCCCCCCCCAGAAGUCCGAACUCAAGUUGUGAACCUGUUGCAGGGCAUCGCCGCGGCAGAGGCGCAGCUUGUGUCGGAGCGGCGCAAGCGCCGAGCCUGUGCCAGGGAGCUGCGGGAGCUCGAGGGAAAAAGAUCCGAGUGCUUGGGAGCUGUCAGGUUCACGCUUGCACGCAGUGAUUUAGAGUUCUAG